AGUUCUGUUUCUAACACUUUAGGCCUAGCCUAUUCAAUUAUCACUGGAAAUUCAAGCUCCGUCGUAAAGCUGGCGUACAUUGUGGACAACAGAUAUUUGGACAGUAUAGGCAGCCAUUUUCUGGAUCUCGUUCAUGCAGACGUUGAGGAAUUCCUGACAGUAGGGAUCGGAAAGUGUGUGUUUGUCUUCCCAGCCGUCACCAGCUACUAUCGAUUUCUGAUCCACCAAGCCAUUGAAGAAUAUCCACAGCUAACCAGUUUCUCAAUUGGACAAGGAGACGAUCGGAGGACUGUCAUCUGCCCAAACCAUUUGAGGGCAGGAGAUCCAUCUCAAUCUCCAAACCCCAGGAAGAGGGGCUGGGAGAGUGAUCCUCAGGGAGGCCUCAACAGCCCCCUCAGGAGCUGCGAGGAGGACACCAAGAAAACAAGAGGGGACCAGUCCUGGGGUCUGUUUGGACUUGAGCGGAGAGAAGCCAAGAAGAGAGACACAGGCCAAGCGGGCAAGAUGCAGUCAUUUCAGGAUGAUGUGAGCUCAGAAGGAGGCACACCUCAAGCUCAGUCUAAAGAGACAAGCAGGAAAUCCAAAAGGGCUUCACAAGAAUUGUACGUGCCACGAGGCCGUAGGCAGCAACCACUGGCUGGAGAAUCAACGGCUUGCCAAGUGGAACUGGCUGUUGACAAACCAGGAGGGGCACAGACCAGCACGAGACAACAGGGUCGAAAAACAGAGAAAAAGAGGACACGAGACGGCGGAAAGGGGAAACAACCGAGAGAUCGGAAAACAUCGACGGACGGGGAAGAAGUUGAGAAUAGUGUUGCCAAAGAGAAGAAGGCACAUGCCAGAGGGAAGCAGGGUAGGAGGGGUGAUCAACAAAGAUAUGUGCCAAGGCCACAGAGGGAGGAUGCCAAAGCUCAGAAAAGCUGCAGUGGUGAGGGUGUUACUUUGCCAGCGGAAGAUGGCCACAAUUCAUCGAGUUUAAAACCUGCAGGACAAUCAGAAGGUUUGCAGGUGUCCAGGGCAGGUGUAAAGGGUGUAAAGCAGAGUGCCAAGCCACUGAAUGUGUCGCCUGUCCCUGAGGACUGGAAUGAGAUUGAUUACGAUGACAGGGAGGUCACCUACCAGCCGACAGGGACCAGGCUUACGGCCCACGGCCAGCUCGUGCCCGUGGAUCCCAGUGCAUUGCCCCAAGCAGUACAAACUGAAACGGAGGGCGAAACACUUGCAACUGAAACCGACCAGUCACAAGGUGCUUUGGGGUGUCAGGAACCAGAGGUUGAUCCAGAUGCUAAAGCAAUGCUUGAGAGCUCAGUGGCAGGAGAUGCUGUCAGUGAAGAAGACAAUGGCAAAACGAGAGACAGUAACUCUGAGUUGCCAGUUGCCGGCAUUGCCGUAGAAACUGAAGAUGCCACAAAGAUGCCAGAUGGAAGUGCCUGUAGAAAAAGCAAUAGUUCGGAAGAUGUGGCGGUGGGAGCUGAUGAAAUAAUUAAGACAAGUGAGGAUGUUAUGGGUGAUGAAAAAUCCCCAGUUACCAUGGCAACAAACAAAGAAGUUUCUCAAGGUCUGGACAUUGAUGCUCGUGUCAGUACCAACACAGAUGCUGUUGGCUCUCUCAGCUUAAAUCAUGAGAUUGACAGCGAGGAAGUGCGUCUCUCGCCAAAAGAUGAAGAACAACCAGAGGCAUCACCAAAGUUGGGAGCAGCCUCAUCAGAUUUGUUGGCGAGAGAUGAUGCAGACAUCCCUUACGUGUCAGAUGAGCUGAAUGAUGCAGCUGGAUGUGAGCAAGAGGAAGUCGUCUCCGCAGAAAUUGCUCUCAAAGUUGAGGAGCCGGGUGAUGAUGCAGGCAAUGAUGAUGGGGAUGACUGGGAUGCCAUGUUUGAUGAGAGCGGAGAUUGCCUCAAGCAGGAGGAGAUACAGGAGUUGUCAGAGUGUGUGGGGAAUGUCCCAGUUUCUGUGAAGCAUUCGAAACGAGAUUACUACAACUAUCAACCUAAGGACAACUUGAACUAUGGAGAGUUGGAGCACAUUAUUGAAGUCUAUGAUUUCCCUGUAGACUUCAAGACUCAUGAUCUCAUCACUGGCUUCUGUAACAUGAAGACCAAAGAGAUGGAUAUCAAGUGGAUUGAUGAUACACAUGCCUUGGCCAUAUUCCCAUCAUCGAUCAUUGCCCAAGAUGCCCUCAGCAUCUCCAACCCAAUGUUCCGUACACGUUCCCUGGUCCUGGCAUCUCGGGAAGCCAAGCUCAAGGCCAAACACUGCCUGGAGUUUCUUAUCCCACCCACUAAACCCCGGCCCGAGACCUCGGCCGCUACAGCCAGGCGGCUGGUCAGCGGGGCCUUAGGUCUGAAGGCCAAUAUCUCCAAGGAGCAGAGAGCAGCCGAGAGACAGAAGAUCAAAGAGGCCAAAGAUCGCCGACGAAAUGAAAAGAAACUGCAGGAGGACAUCUGGAGCGGUAGCAUUUGACCCUUGAACUCUGACCCACCCUGAGGGUGUAAUUCAAGAUCAAAACGUGUUUUAAAAAAGUUUUUCAGAUGAAUAUUUUUUCUUGAUAUUUUUCUGCCCUCUUGUUUGGACUCCUCUUCAUAGACCACAUAUUUUGGAGUGAUUCAAUUGAGUGUGACAAUGUUUAAUAUAAUCGGUCGAUUUGUGAAGCUUUGAAUUUUCACAUUUAGAUUUCUCACUCAAAGUUGUACCUGAUGAUAAUGUUCUUGUCACCUUUACUUUUCCCCAGAGGAGGAUGCCUGUUCAUUUUCAAAAUGCCCUGUGCACUUGUGUAGCGAUGAAGUUUUUGGAAAGAAAGGGUCGAUUUCCGUGGGCUUAAUGGAACUUUUUGAGGUGGCUGUUGUUAUCAUUUUAUUGGAGACAGAUUUGAUUUUGGAUUUUGUUUUAUGAGAGGACACUUUUUCAGCUGUAUAGUUUUUUCAUUUGAUAUCAGCAAUCUCUGUUUUUUAGAGUUUUCGUUUGUAAGAUUUCAUUUUAAAAUUGAUUCAAAAACGCUGUAAAUUGGUUUGUGACAUACAUGUAAUGCACUGUUUUGUAUAUAAAAGAGAUAAUAUAUCUUGUAGCGAUUUAAUUUAAUUCGAUUUCAUUUUUACAAUAAAUGAGUUUUG